UAGUCUGUUCAUAAAUUCCUAGCAGUCACGCCAUUUCUCGCUUUCUAUAGCGUAGGCGCUUUUAUAGCAUUGCUAGGCUUUUUGGUAGGCAGAAUUCCGUCAAUUCUGUUCCUACGCGUGAACCUUCACCAGGUCCACGCUCAUAUGGUAGCAAGAGUCGUGUUUCUCCAGAAUAAUCUCUGAAGUUUUUCCCGUCCAUUUGACGAGGUGUGGAAGAAGUCUCCCGCGAGAAAGGGCUCGCGUACUGAUCGGUGGCGAAGGAGCGUUUGGAUCUCAGCAGAUCAGCAUCAGUGUGUCUCUACUGAGUAGAGCACGCUGUACUGACCUGACGCGAUCAAGGCUACUGAAGUAGCUUUGAUUGGAGGGGCACAAGCGCCGAGAAAGAUCGCCGCAAGAGGCAGAAGCCCGAAGGGGGCACGAGUGGGCAAGCCACUUUUGGCUGUCGGGUGUGGAGUUUCAGGUGCGUCUCUACUGAGUAGAGCGCACACACAUUAUACGCGCUCUCCCAAAAGGGUGAUCGAGCGCCCCUGUCGUUGCCAACGUUAAGGCGCGACAGAAGACCCGCAGCCAGCAAGCUAUUUGGUCGACGCACCGUUGCGUCCCGUUGAGGCGAAACGGAAGGGGUUAUCGGCUGGCCCAGGAGAAGUCAGCUUAAUCGCUGGAGGAUUGGAGGAAUCGCGGAAGGACGCGCAGGAUCGAUUUCUGGAUCACGGAGACGAUCAGGCUGAGACAUCAGAAUGGCUGAACGGAGCCAACCCAACCAGAACGUGGCGAAAAAGGGACAAAGACCAGCGGUAAAGAAGGUCACGGGGGAUCCUUUGACGAAUUACAACGAGGACUGCCCGGAUUGUAAACGAAAUAACAUCCUGUCGAACGAACGUUUCCCAUGCUGGACUUGCGUCGUGGCAGUACCGAACCAAGCAGUAGUGGUACCAGAAGAGGCGAGAAGGGGUAACCUCGAUGUGUUCCGGCAUUUGGUUACGGGAGACACAUGGAUGAAACUGUCACCAGAAGACCGGAUGAUACUGGAAGAUAAAUACAGAAUGUGGGUCGGACGCAGACCGGGAUGGGAUAUCACCCUUGAACCGCCGAGAACACCGGAAGCGGAUGCGUUCAGGAAGAAGUUUGAAGAAGACACGAUGAGAAUGGUACAGGAAAAGCGCGAGGCAGAGCGAAAGCGGCUAGAAGAAAAAGAGAAAGCUGCGGCAGAGAAGGGUCUAGCCGAAGCAGCUAAAGGUCACGCACCUGCCCCAUUUGCGAUAUUGAAGAAACAAGAUGAAGGAGAAGCAGCUGUAAUCAGACAGUCGCUGAUACAGCAGAUUGACAUCAUCUUGCAAGAUCCACUCGCGGUAUCGAAAGAGGAAUACAAAAUCUUCCUGGACGAAAAGGUCAACCUAACAAAAGGAAACAGACCAUCCCAGGUUAUCAAAAUCGCGAUCGAAGAACGAAUCGACAGGAUGCGAAACUUUCGAAAAAGAGAGAAAGAUGUGGUUGAGGCCCUUCGGAACUUCAAGAAAGAGGAGUUCAAACGCCCAAAAUCGCCUCAAAGAGAUGAUCGCAACCGCGGCUAUGAAAGGUCAUCAGACCGCUCCCGAGAAAGGUCAUGGGACAGACAUCAUAACGACCGAUACAGUGGAUACGCGAGAGAUACGCGUACGUCGGAGCAAAAGAGAAGGGAUGAAGAACGUAUCCGACGUGAAAAAGAACAAAGAGAAAAGCGCCGCCAAGAAGAAGCGGAAGAAAAGCGCUUGGCGGAGGAAUACAGGAAAAUCAACGAAACCUGUAAUAGGCAGCAGGAGAAGGAACGGGCUGCUAAGGAAACGCAGAAUCGCGAUUCACAGAAUCGAGAAGGAAGAAGUGAGGGCUCGAGUAAAUCAACAUCCUCAAAGGGGCCAUAUGAUCAAGAGUGGGUCCAGGAUAACUUGAAUAUGGAUGAUUAUGAGUUUGGAGACAAAUCUUACAACAGCAAAAGGUCAUCCAGCUCAGAAAGCCACCGCACGCCUAAGAGCCCGCGCAGAAUGCAAUCAGUAGUUCAUUCUGUUUGUUCAACGUUCAAGUCAGCCGAGAAACAACCGGCACAGCAGAUGGAUGAGGUCAUGGAAUGUAGUCCAGCAUCCUCAAAUGUCAUUGAAGUCCAUGGAGACGAGGACAUGCGACCGUCGAGACGAAACAUCAUCUUCGAUCUGGAGCGACAACUUACAAGCGCAGAGACGGCGAGUAAUGCACCGCCAGAAUCGGAAUCAGAGAAGGGCGACCAGAAAGGUCAAUCAAAGGUCACGGCUCCGAGGAGACAAUCCCUACAAACCAUUGAGCUGGUAUAUGAAAUGAACGACAUCAUGGAACAGACGAACGAGAUUUGCCGUUCAGUGGGCAUUGCUCCGGAUAAUAAAGAAGAAUUCGAUAAGGUGUACUGGCUUCUCAUGAACUUGCGCCAGGUCAUCAACGAUUCGGGAUAUGCGAAGGAGUACGAGUAUGGGCAAUGGGAAGAUCUGAUCAUAACGCAAGAGUCAGCGAAUCUUCAUUACUUCCCGACGAGAGAAUGCGGCCUUGUCAGUUUGAUCGACCUGAGUCUCUUGGAAACACCGUUGGACACACCGGAUCCAACAGGAAUGACACAGUUCCAGUAUAGAGACAUCAAGGAAAGACGUCUGCACGUGGCACAAUUUGUGUUACGCCAUGUAAAUCCGGCGCUGAGACUCCUCGCAGGAAGGGCUGCGUUGGGAUUAGUGGUGAAACCAGAUUCGCCACCUGAUCAUCGUGCUACGAUCCAAAAGAUUUUUGCAGCAAGGCUUGGCCAUUACGAAACGCACCACCAGUUGAGAAAGAGCGCUCAAAGAGGCACGGAGAUACCGCCGGCACUGACCGCGCAGGUCAUAAAGUUGGGAACGCCAGUUGCGAACUUUAAUUCUUCGGAAACGGCCAAGAAGCAGCUAAAAGACGUCCAGAAGGCGAUGAAAUUCGAUGAUAGCCUGCGACGUCAAGCACAAAUGCAUGCCCACCGAUGUGCGGAACGGAUCAGAGUCACGAUGGGAACACGGUUCAUUCAGCCAUCCGACUUCGUCUAUGAAUUCAUUCAAGAGAUCAGCGUUAACAAAAGCAGCUAUCGACCGGAACUUGCGCGACAGCCGCAGGACAAUGAAAUGAGUCGACGUGGACGAAGAAACCAGCAGCUGCACUUGGAUUAUGUCGAAUUGUGCAAAAGGUCACGAGACAAUCCAUAUGAUGAAGGAUUGAAAGCGCGCAUGGUCGACGCGAGAGAUCACCUGAUCCGUAUCCAACGCAGACGUGACCGAAAUCGUCACAGUGCUACUAGCAGCCGGAGCGAAGGAGACGAGCUGCAAGAGAGGGAAAGGGAACCUCGAGAUCGAACGUCUGAUCGUAAUGAAAAAGAAAGACGACGUUUCGAUCGGAACCGCGACAAUGGUUCAAAUGAUCAGUGAUGACCUUUAGGGCAUCGCUGAUGUGCUAGUUACGGCCAUCAGUCGGCAGCACGAGAAUGGUGAUAAAGGUACAGUAUCAGGGCGAAGGAGACAUAACUUGUUGAACUGUCAUAUCGUUUGUGUUUCUAUUGGUUUCAGAGUUUUGUUGCAGAGGAUCAAGGCGAUCCGAAAUAUGGGGAGUUACGGAGGUCAUCCGGCCCUCGAAGCAGGAAGAGUAACGGCGCUAACCGGCCUUCCUCAUUACAUUUAAAACGUCACUUUUAGAGUGUAGUUGCGGCCUACUGAGUCGGCACACUCUCGCGGAAUGACAGAAGCCACAAGGGUGAAAAAGAGAAAGAGUUCAAGAAAAUAGGAGUAAAACUUUCAGAUGUUGAGGUUACGGCGAUAACCGGCCUCAGAAGAAAGAGGAGUUACGGCGUUAACCGGCCCUCGAACCUGGUAAGGAAAAGAAGUGCGCGUCAAUUGGCACUACACGGAAAAGAUAAGGAUGUGCGACCGAAGAAAAUGGUUGAAAAGAAGGAUGACCUUUACAAGGGAGGCAAGCAGAACUGCUUGAAAGCCAAAAAUCGGCUAAGUCCCUCCAUGACCUUUAAUACGGAACUCAUCAUGGAAAAAUGGAUGACCUUUUGGGAUCGUCACGGCCCAAACGAGUCGCACAUCAAAGAGAAAGGGAUGACCUUUGAGAACUUCACUGCUCAAGAGAGUCAUCGAGAAAAAGAGAAUGACCUUACCAGGGAGGAAGCAUCAAGCUUGUCUUUCAAGACGUCCCUCCAUGUCCAAGAGGAAGAAUCUCAUUUUGCAGAAGUCGUACUUGAUACGCAAUUAUUCCAAAGAUGAAGAAGCAGUAUUCAGAAGUCGUACUUGAUACGCACCCUAUUCCUUAAAGCGGAUCUCAUUGUGAUGAAAAGAUUGCUCAAAAGAGCGGAAUGGACCAAAGCGGAUUACGGUUGACAGGACCCAGUGACCUUUAGGAGUCGGAGGAUCCUAGUCGUUUUGAUAAUGAAUUCUGUUGAUAUUUUUUUACUGUUUUUACUUUUGUUCCGAGAUCUCUUUAUUCACACAUGUAAUUGGAAUUUGUGAUGUUAAAAAGAGAUUAAAUCUCGAUGUUUUAUUAAUCGCACAGACGAGCCGUCAAGGAUCCCAAGGAAUUGGACGUGGAUUCUGCUUCGACGGAGCUCAGCCUCCCUCCCAGAGGCAUGUGAGCGCAGGCGUACAUGCGUACACCCUCGCUUUGGCAGUCUGUUGUGUUUUGCUGCACGCCCGCCUUACGCGUGGCGGAAGCACGCUGUUCUGCACGCACCCGCACUGUGUGGCGGCUACGUGCGCAUUUUCCACGCUUGCUGCAGUCAGCAAUGCGGAGUUGUCGAUGAGGAAAUUCUAUCGAAUUUAGUCUUGUCAUAAAUUCCUAGCAGUCACGCCAUUUCUCGCUUUCUGUAGCGUAGGCGCUUUCAUAGCACUGCCAGGCUUUUUGGUAGGCAGAAUCACGUCAAUUCUGUUCCUACGCGUGAACCUUCACCAGGUCCACG